AUGCAAGCCGAUGGUCGAGACAUUGAGGUUGCUGCAAUCUUUAUACUGUGUGUAAUGGGAAUGUUCUGUUUAUUCUCAGCAAUCGCUGGAACUAGUUUAGAUAUCAAAGCAAUUACUGUAGAAGACACGGCUGAAAGUUUGGCGGCUUUAAAAUCCACUACUAUUUCUACAUCAGAACUCGUGCUGGUCACGAAUGGCUUGACUUAUAUUUUGUCGAUAUUCUGUAUUUUGCUUUUUUUAGCAGCACUUACCGAGGUCUGGAUGUUCACCGUCGUUCUCGGGUGCUACUUCUAUCUGCGCGAAAAAUCAUUUGCAAAGACUUGUGAAUCUGGCAGGAUAACUCAGAAUUUUUUGAAAGGCAAUAAAACUCCAAACAACAGGGCUGGAAAUUACAAGGACAUCGAUGUGAAAGAGCCACCGGGACCUGAACUGAAUAGUAGGAACUUUAUAAAAACUGCAGAAACUGACUGCUAA